UGGGGCCAGUGGAAAUUCAAGAUCCCUCAGGUUGUUGGAUUGCUUAGUCCUUCCCUAAUAGGGCGUAGACAGUCGUAGGAAGCACUGCACUUGUAAGCCUGGGGAUGAAAAACCUAGGGCACAGUUCUCACAAGAGAGAGAGUGGGGAGAGUUCAACCGCAAGCUUAAGAGAUGCCGCCAAAAGGGAAAAGUGGUUCUGGAAAAGGAGGGAAAGGAGGUGCAGCCUCUGGGAGUGACAGUGCUGACAAGAAGUCUCAGGGUCCUAAAGGUGGUGGCAGUGCAGUAAAGGUCAGACAUAUUCUAUGUGAAAAACAUGGGAAAAUCAUGGAAGCCAUGGAAAAGUUAAAGUCUGGGAUGAGAUUCAGUGAAGUGGCCACACAAUAUAGUGAAGAUAAAGCCAGACAAGGGGGUGACUUGGGUUGGAUGACCAGAGGAUCCAUGGUGGGGCCAUUUCAAGAAGCAGCAUUUGCCUUGCCUGUCAGUGGGAUGGAUAAGCCUGUGUUUACAGACCCACCAGUUAAGACAAAAUUUGGAUAUCAUAUUAUUAUGGUUGAAGGGAGAAAAUAAAAUCAUAUGAAAGACUGAAAAAAAAA